UAAAGGCUCCUUACCAAAAAAAAAAAAUUCAGUUUGAAAGCUCCUAAACUACCCAUUACAAAUCAUCCAUCUAGAUCUGCUCCACCAGAAAUAAUGGCAGAUUCUAGUGACAGGCAACAAGCCCAUCCUCACAUUGCUCUCCUCCCAAGUUCCGGCAUGGGUCAUCUCGUACCCUUCGUACGCCUCGCUGCUACCCUUGCCGCACACGACUGCCGGGUCACCUUCAUCACCACUCACCCAACCGUCUCCCUCGCUGAGUCAAGCCUCGUCGCUCGCCUACUGUCGGCCUUCCCUCAUGCGGUCACUCCAAAGGGGUUCCAUAUUCUCCCACUCGACCCAUCUACCGCCAAUUCCAAAGACCCUUUCUUCCUCCAAUUCGAAGCCAUCCGUCGCUCUGCCCAUCUGCUCUCUCAUCUCCUCAAUUCCUCUUCUCAUUCUGGUCAUCCCCCUCUCUCUGCUCUCGUCACCGACGUCACCUUAGCCUCAGCCGUCAUCCCUGUCACCCACGAUCUUCAUAUCCCUAACUACGUCCUUUUCACUUCCUCAGCUAAAAUGCUCUCUCUGUUAGCCUAUUUUCCUGCCCUCGUUGGUGUUACUCAUAGUGAUGAAAUCAACAUCCCCGGUAUACCGCCUCUACACAAAACUUGGCUCCCACCGCCUCUUCUAGAUCAGACUAAUCUUUUCACUACCCAGUUCACUGAAAACGGUGAAGCACUCGUGAGAUCAGAUGGGAUUUUAAUCAAUACGUUCAAGUCUCUGGAGCCGGAGACGGUAGCGGCGCUGAAUGAAGGAAAAGUAAUAAAUGGGCUACCGCCGGUGAUACCCGUCGGGCCACUGGUACCGUGCGAAUGUGAAACGGAGCGAGGUGGGUCAUCGCUAAUGGAAUGGUUAGAUGGGCAGGAGAAGGGUUCCGUCGUUUAUGUGAGCUUUGGGAGUCGGACGGCAAUGUCGAGGGAGCAAAUCCGUGAGGUUGGUGAAGGAUUGGUGAGGAGUGGAUGUGGGUUCGUGUGGGUGGUGAAAGACAAGAAGGUGGACAGGGAAGAAGAGGGAGUGGAAGAGGUGGUGGGUCGGGGGUUGAUGGAGAGGAUCGUCAAGGAUAGGAAGGGGGUGGUGGUGAAUAGGUGGGUUGACCAGGAGGCGAUACUGAGUCUUGAGGCGGUGGGUGGCUUCGUGAGUCACUGUGGGUGGAACUCGGUAAUGGAAGCAGCAUGGCAUGGGGUGAGGUUGCUGGCGUGGCCACAGGGUGGGGAUCAAAGGAUUAACGCGGAGGUGGUGGAGAGGAGUGGGCUCGGGGUGUGGGUGAGGAGAUGGCAAUGGGGAGGUGGUGGGGUGAAUGUGAAAGCAGAGGAGAUAGACGAGAGGGUGAGGGAGAUGAUGGGGAAUGAGCGGCUGAGGGUAACAGCGGCACAGGUGAGAGAUGAGGCAAGGAAAGCUGCUGAGUUGGGUGGGGCUUCUCAGUUGAUUGCGGGGCUUGUCGGAGAGGUUGCUGCACACUAUUAAUUAAUUAAUUAAUUGAAGAUUUCUUCUAUUUGUGCUUUCUAUAUUAUGCACCAUAGUUUUAUAAACUGCAAUAGGUAUCAGGAAUCAGGAUUGGUCUCAACUGAUAUUGAUAAGACUGGUAUUGGAGAUA